AUGAUGCACAUGUUAAGAGGAUACAAUUACAGGCAUCCCAAGACUUGGGAUGAGAGUUUACCAUAUCUUCAGUUUAUGUUUAAUCGGGCUUUUCAUGGAUCUUCGGGGAAAUCACCGUUUGAGGCUUGUUAUGGGUUUUUACCUUCGAGCCCGUUUGAUCUCAUGUUUUCAAGUGAAGCUAUGGCAGACGACAAGGAAGGGAGUGAAAGGCAACGAGCUCAGCGAUUUUUGGAGAAGAUUGCACAUAUUCAUGCCACGGUUGAAGCACAAUUUAAGAAAUCACAAGCCAAGUACAAGGUGAAACAUGAUCAGCAUCGAGUUCCUUUUCGAUGGGCAACAAAGACAUUUUAUACCCUGUGGCAGCGGCCUCGAAUCCGCCCACCGGGCUACCGCAUCCCUCCUUCCCGCCCUUUCCUCGAGACCUUUCGCGCCAACUUGAAGGAGACCUUCUUCCCUGAUGACCCACUGAGGCAGUUCAAGGGAGAGAGUGCGUCGAGGAGGUUUAUAUUGUUCCUGCAGUACAUCCUACCUAUACUCCAAUGGGCCCCAUCUUAUACUUUCAGCCUGUUCAAGUCCGAUCUGGUCGCCGGGAUCACGAUAGCUAGUUUGGCGAUCCCGCAGGGCAUUAGCUAUGCUAAGCUUGCUAAUCUGCCUCCUAUUCUUGGCCUGUAUUCAAGCUUUGUGCCGCCGCUGGUGUACGCUAUGAUGGGGAGCUCGAAGGACCUAGCGGUGGGCACGGUGGCUGUUCCGUCGCUUCUAUUGGCGUCGAUGCUCGGAAAAGAGGUCUCGGUGUUGCAAGAGCCAAUGGUUUACUUACACCUGGCUUUUACCGCCACUUUCUUCGCCGGAGUUUUUCAGUUUGCUUUGGGUGUAUUACGAUUGGGAUUCAUAGUGGACUUCCUGUCACACGCAACAAUAGUGGGAUUUAUGGGAGGAGCGGCCACAGUGGUUUGUCUUCAACAACUCAAAGGAAUUCUUGGCCUCCAACAUUUCACCACAGCAACUGAUCUUGUGUCCGUCAUGGAGUCUGUCUUCGCUCAAACUCAUCAGUGGAGAUGGGAGAGUGUGGUGCUUGGAUUUUGCUUCCUUUUAUUCCUCCUUAGCACCCGCUACAUUAGCAAGAGGAGGCCCAAAUACUUCUGGGUGUCCGUGGCAGCUCCGUUGACGGCGGUGAUCCUCGGAAGCAUUUUAGUUUAUCUCACCCACGCCCAAAAUCACGGUAUCGAAGUGAUAGGGUACCUAAAGAAAGGGCUUAAUCCACCAUCACUAACAAGUUUGAUACUGUCUCCUCCGUACAUGAUGCUUGCUAUGAAAACCGGCAUCAUUACCGGCAUAAUUGCUCUUGCUGAAGGAAUUGCAGUGGGAAGGAGCUUCGCCAUGUUCAAGAACUAUCACAUUGAUGGCAACAAAGAGAUGAUCGCAUUCGGGAUGAUGAACAUGGCUGGAUCAAUAACAUCAUGCUACUUGACUACUGGUCCGUUCUCAAGAACCGCAGUGAACUACAACGCAGGAUGCAAGACUGCAAUGUCGAAUGUAGUAUUGGCGACAGCAAUGAUGAUCACAUUACUGUUCUUGACUCCUCUCUUUCACUAUACUCCUCUCGUCGUUCUUGCCUCCAUCAUCAUCUCUGCGAUGCUCAGUCUUAUCGACUAUGAGGCCGCAAUACGUUUAUGGCAUGUUGACAAAAUCGAUUUUUGCGUGUGCAUUGGUGCCUACGUUGGUGUUGUCUUUGGAAGUGUUGAGAUUGGCCUAGUCCUUGCGGUCGUGAUCUCGCUAUUUAGAGUCUUGUUGUUCGUCGCGAGGCCUAGGACUUCUGUUCUAGGGAACAUACCGAACUCUGCAAUAUAUCGGAGGGUUGAUCAGUACCCAGCAGCACAGAGUGUACCCGGAGUGCUCAUACUACAAAUUGAUGCUCCGAUAUAUUUCACCAAUGCUAGCUACUUGAGAGAGAGGAUAUCCCGGUGGAUCGACGAUGAGGAAGGUAGGCUGAGAGCUAAGGGAGACACAAGUAGCUUACUGUACGUGAUCUUAGACAUGGGCGCUGUAUCUAGCAUUGACACAAGUGGCAUUAGCAUGCUUGAGGAAUUGAAGAAGAGUGUUGAGAGAAGGGGCCUCCAGCUUGUGUUGGCUAACCCCGGAAGCGAGGUGAUGAAGAAGCUCGACAAAUCAAAAGCCCUCGAGAAAAUCGGCCAACAGUGGAUAUUCCUCACUGUAGCAGAGGCCGUUGGCGCGUGUAGCUUCUUGCUUCACACGUACAAGCCAGGAGCUGUUGCUAAUGGCGCUGUAGCUGACGACAGCAAUGUCUAAGAUGGACACGUAUCGCAUUGUAAUUGGCUUGAUUGGUCUCCAUUUGCUUUUUUGUAAGAUAUUAUUAGGCAAAUGAGAUUGAGUGUACCCCCCCUCCUAUUUUUAAAGUAAAUGGAGGAUUUCCAUCUUGUAGCCCUUUUGUCAUAGUCCGAAUUAAUGUAUUUUGGAGAAGGUGAAAAAUUUUCCUCUCAAAAUGAUGUAAAUUUUCUUCUCAAAAUGAUGUGGAGGGCCCGUUGGUUAAUGUUUAAAA